CAACCAAGCAGUGUCCGAUAUAUAGAUCAGAUUCAGAGCAGUAGCACACAGCCCUCACAGCGACGAAGGCCACUGAUCUUUUGUAGUUUGUCCAACCUCCAAAGCAAGGCCAGCAGCCACUACCCACUAGAACCAACGGCAUGUCGUCGUCGUGCUCCACUGCCAUCGACGGCGGCGCCGCGAACCCGCCGGCGGCCCUGGACCUGGCACCGGACACGGACGCCCCGGCGGGCGAUGGCCUGGAACUGGCGCAGUUCGCGGCGGGUUGCUUCUGGAGCGUGGAGCUGACGUACCAGCGCCUCCCCGGCGUGGCGCGCACGGAGGUCGGGUACACGCAGGGCCACCACCAGGCCCCCACGUACGAGCUCGUCUGCGGCCACGGCACCGGGCACGCCGAGGCGGUGCGCCUGCACUACGACCCCAAGGCCUGCCCCUACACCACGCUCCUCGACGUCUUCUGGGCAAAGAUCAACCCCACCACGCUCAACAGACAGGGCAAGGACGUCGGGACGCAGUACCGGACGGGCAUCUACUACUACACGGCGGAGCAGGAGUCGCUGGCGGAGGAGCAGAAGAAGUGGGAGGACAAGAUCGUCACCGAGAUCCUGCCGGCGAAGCGGUUCUACCCCGCCGAGGAGUACCACCAGCGCUACCUGGAGAAGGGCGGCCAGUCCGCCGAGAAGGGCUGCACUGAACCCAUGCGCUGCUACGGCUGACCGCCGCCGGCGGCCGUCCCUCUGUCCGAGAUCGACUAGUCUAUCCAUCGCCGUGCGUGUAUGCCAAUAAAUUAUAUACUGUUGAAAAACACACAGUAAGAAUUGUAGCGAGAGAGCAAAGGAGGAAAGCUCUUACAUACUAAACUCUAAUAGAUCUAAUAAAUCAUGUACAGCCUAUGCUUAGGGCCUGUUUAGAUUGGGAACGAAAAUUUUUUGGGUGUCA